GUUAGUCAACUGUCAUUUUCUAUGCAGCCUUUCUACUUCCAGACUGCCAUUGGGCACUCUCUUUGCGCAACACAUUUGGAGUUUAAAUAUUUGAUCAGAUUCUUUGCAGAAAUAUCACAAAACUCUCCCCUAUUAUAGUGUUUCCCUUGCCUGUGGUCUGCAUAGACAAGAACACAAAAAAAAAAAUCUCUUUUUUUGCAGAAUCAAAGAGCCCUAUGGAUCAAAGAUUGCUCAAGGCUGCAAGAUCAGGUGAUAUUAAUGUAAUCAAGCAACUUGCUGAUGCUGAACGCAAUAUCCUUGGUGGAACAACGCCUCAAGGAAACACUGCUCUUCACAUGGUUGCAAGAUUCGGGCACGAGAAUUUGGUACAAGAGAUAAUGAAGAGGCAACCUGACCUUCUCCUCAAGAGUAACCUUAAAGGUGAGACCCCAGUUCAUGUUGCAGCCAGGGGUGGACAUUGGCGAAUUGUUCUAUUAUUCAGAGAUUCUGUACACAGAGAUUCUGUGCAAGGCUCAAACGGAGUUUACAUUGCAAGAAUCAGAGAUAAUUAUGGUAACACACCCUUACAUUGUGCUGUGAGAAAUGAUCAUUAUUUGGUGGUGUGGAGAUUGGCAGACAAAGACCGAGAAUCAUUGGUGUUGGUUAAUAAUGCUGGGGAAUCUCCACUGUCUAUCGCUAUUGAUCUGAAGUUAGCAGUGACUGCUGAGGCAAUCAUCGGUUUAAAUCGAUCAACUCUUGAGUAUAGAGGACCCAAUGGCCAAACCCCUUUGCAUUGUGCUGUCAUAAGGCGUGAUUUACAUAUCAUGAAAAAAAUGCACAUCAGAAACCCAAAACUCGUAAAGAUGCAAGAUGACAAGCAGAGGACUCCCCUUCACUAUGCUGCAGCCUUGGGUGAAUAUGAAAUAGUCAAGUUAUUGCUAGAAUGGGAUACUUCGGCUGCAUAUCAAGGCGACGACAAUCAACAAAUACCUCUCCAUUUGGCCGCAGAGAAUGGUCAAGUGAACCGGUUAAAAAUAUUGCUUGAUCCGUGCCCGGACACCAUUGAGUUAUUGGAUAAUGAGCAACAAAAUAUCCUCCAUUUUGCGGCCAAAAAUGGAAAUAUUGAUGCUGUCUCAUUUAUAUUGAAGUUGCCUGAAAUGGAAGACUUGGUUAAUGCAGCUGAUAUGUACGGAAAUACUCCAUUGCAUCUUGCAGCAAAGAAUUUCCACAGCAGCAUUGUAUACAUUCUAACAAGAAAUGCAAAGGUGGAUAUUAGGGCAAUCAACAAAUCAAAUGAGACUGCUCUAGCUGUUGUGCAAUCGUCUGAUGAUCGUGGAAUGGAACUGCAAAAGCACUUGACAUUGAAAGCACUAAAGAGAUCUUAUGCAAAGCGAGCUAUUAAUCCCAACGAUGUUGUCGAUAAUGAAGAAUUCAGUUAUGUUGAAGUAGGAAAAGUUGCAGAAAGAGGCGGUAAAAAAAGUAGAGAGAUGGCUCAAAUAAUCUCAGUGAUGGCAACACUAAUAGCUACAUUCACAUUCACUGCUGCCUUUACCAUUCCAGGAGGUUUUAUAAACAAUGGUCCAGAUGAGGGUAUGGCAACAUUGAUUAGAAAAUCAGCUUUCAAGGCAUUUGUCAUCACUGAUACUAUUGCAAUGACUUCAUCUAUGACAGCUGCAGUUAUGGUUUUCUGGUCAUCUUCUCGUCGUAAUAGCGAAUCGUUUAUGGACACACUCCCUUUCGCCAUUGGCUUGACAUGGAUUUCACUUGUAGCAAUGGCACUAGCAUUUGUAACGGGCUUGUUUGUUGUAUUGGCCAAGACUCUAUGGCUAGGUAUAGUGGUUUGUGUGAUCGGAUGUGCUGCCCCUGCCAUUCUAUACAUAUUUGCUCCAUUGUUCCUUCUUGUGUUUGAUCGGUUGUCAUCUACUCGAGCUCGAAGGCCUAAUAUUGUUGAAGACAAUCCAUUUUUGUUUGUUUUCCGACUGGCAAAGAUGAUUUCUUAAAAUCAAACUUGUAUCUGUAAUUGGGUGUAUAAUGGUUUUCUUGUUUAUAACUGUGAGAAGCUGUAAACUUUGAGAACUUGACUAAUGCUUUAAGCUUCUAGUUUCUUGAUGAUGUUUCCAGCUUAUAUAUAUAUCAAAGCUUGAAAUUUCAAUUAAGUAAUUUGGGAAUUCUAUUCGCCCAUGAUCAUUUUUGGAAUAUGAAAUAAAUCAAGUAACAGCCUAAUCUAAAUGUUACAAGUCGAAACUCAAAACUCCAAAUUCAUUCGAUUUCAGGACACGAAAAUGAACUUUUUGACAUCUCAAAUUAACCUAAUACAAGAAAUGAUGCACGAACACUCACUCUAGACUGCCGGGGGACAAAUACCAUUUUAACUAUUGGCUAGUGCAGGAGAUCCAGAUAUCUUAAAUGUUCUUGUUCCCCAACAAGCAUUAAGCCCUAAAGGCCAACACCAUAACGAGGCAGCUCCUUAGAUUUCACUGGCUUAGAACCCUGAAUAAGACCAAGUUGAAACUGGUUCAAUAUUGUUUUCGAAGUGUUCUGCAUUCAGCGGUUUCAGAAUAUAUUUCUAACAUCUUUGAAUUAAAUAAGAUUAUGCUGAAACCUGAAAGUGAAAAGGGAAAGAAAAGGAACAGGCAAUAAGGUUAGAAUCCGUUGGGGACAGGGGCUUUGAACCCGACGUGAAUCGAACACGCAACCUUCUGAUCUGGAGUCAGACGCGCUACCAUUG